UCAAUCUCACCAAUUUCACUUCGUUCCAUCGUCGGAGCCAAGAGCAAAAAAAAUAUCAGCAAGAAGUAGAAGCACAAGAAGAAGAAGAAGAAGAAGAAGAAAGCGAGAAGAACACGUUGCAGAGGGAGACCCCGAACAGAGAAAGACUCGUAGAAGAAGCCUGAAGCCAUGGCAGCGGCAGCCACGUCGGCAGCGGCACCUCGCCGCCUCCUCCUCCUCUCGAACCCGUCCUGCUCCUUCUCCAGCGUCUCCUCCUUCAAGACAUGCGCGCUCGACUCCAGGGCGCUCGUCUCGUUGAAGAAGAGGCAUGCCGGAGACGCCGCCACGGGAAGAGUGAGGUGCAUGGCGGUGGCGACCGAGGCGGUGGAGACAGCGAAGAAGAAGAAGAGCGGGUACAACAUCCUGACGCUCACCACGUGGCUGCUGCAGCAGGAGAAGGACGGGGUGAUCGACGCCGAGCUGACCAUCGUGCUGUCGAGCAUCUCGAUGGCGUGCAAGCAGAUUGCGUCGCUGGUCCAGCGGGCCGGCAUUUCGAACCUGACGGGGGUUCAGGGGGCCGUCAACGUCCAGGGCGAGGACCAGAAGAAGCUCGACGUCGUCUCUAAUGAGGUGUUCUCAAACUGCCUGAGAUCAAGCGGGAGGACUGGGAUAAUAGCGUCGGAGGAGGAGGACGUGCCGGUGGCCGUGGAGGAGAGCUACUCCGGCAACUACAUUGUGGUGUUCGACCCGCUCGAUGGAUCAUCCAACAUCGAUGCCGCCGUUUCCACCGGCUCCAUCUUCGGGAUCUACAGCCCCAACGACGAGUGCCUACCCCACAUCAGCGACGAUGAGAACCUCGACAAAGCAGAGCAGACGUGCGUGGUGAGCGUGUGCCAGCCGGGGAACAACCUACUGGCGGCGGGUUACUGCAUGUACUCGAGCUCCAUCAUCUUCGUCCUCACCAUCGGCAAAGGUGUCUAUGCCUUCACCCUUGACCCGAUGUUCGGCGAGUUCGUGCUCACCCAGGAGAACAUCCAGAUCCCGAAGGCCGGCAAGAUCUACGCCUUCAAUGAGGGAAACUACCAGCUGUGGGAUGACAAGCUGAAGAAGUACAUCGACGAUCUCAAGGACCCCGGCCCGACCGGCAAGCCGUACUCGGCCCGGUACAUCGGGAGCCUCGUGGGGGACUUCCACAGGACACUGUUGUACGGGGGCAUUUAUGGGUACCCGAGGGACAAGAAGAGCAAGAACGGGAAGCUGAGGCUGUUGUACGAGUGCGCUCCGAUGAGCUUCAUCGUGGAGCAAGCCGGAGGGAAGGGAUCGGACGGUCACCAGCGGGUCCUAGAUAUUCAACCCGUCGAGAUUCAUCAGCGAGUGCCGUUGUACAUUGGUAGCGUGGAGGAAGUUGAGAAACUGGAAAAGUACCUUGCUUAGCAAAUUGAACUACCUGAAGAACAGGGUAAUUUUUGUUGUAAAAUGAAAUUUCCAUAUAGUGAAUCCUCACUUUAAAAGUGUAGAAAGAAUUCAAAUCGAGGUCACAUGAUUCCGCGCA